AUGGAGGCCAGCUGUUCAUCUGGCUGCUAACAGAGGCUUCACCCUACAACAGGUGGAUUUUUUUCAGACAGGAACACACAACAGAUUUGUAAAUCCAGUUUCAUGAAGAUGUUUCCUUGGUCCGCUGUUUUCUCCCUCGAGCCCAAAGUACCUGGACAGCGCACCACUGAGGAGUUAGUGACCAACACUCUGAUGUUGGAGCUGGGGGCCAUGGUGAAACGCACUGAACGUAUCCGUUUAGAGAGGGCGACAGAGGGCCGGCGCCGCCGUCGCAGCUCUUCCUCCACAGCUGACUACAGCUGGCUGGCCAACACCCCAACACCACAGCCCUACGAGCUGACACCCAACGACCUGCUGGAGCUGCAGGACCUCUGUGCCAAGAUCCCUCCUGCACAGUGUGGCCCUGUGAUUGUCAGGUUCAGGAGGCUGGUGUCGGAGAUGGAGCCUGAGGUUCAUGAGGUUCCCCGGCUGUUUCGCUCGGUACUGCGCGACUGUGUGGACGAGGUGAACGGAAACGAGGACGUUCAGACGCAGGACACAGUGUUCGAGAAGCAGCAGCGCAGCAAGAGCCUGUCCUUUGUUACUUUUCGCACAAAGUUUCGCACAGGGCACUUCUUCAAGGGCGGAGGCAUGAGAGGCUCCAGGGGGAAUCUGCAGCAGCAGGUGGAUUGGUCUGACGGGGAAGAGGAUGGAGAAGGAGAGGAGGAGGUCAUCAAGGCCAGGGCGAGGAAGGGAAGGAGCAGGAGCAUGCCAGAGAUUACCCCUAUGGAGCAAAGCGCCCAGGGGUGAGAGAAAGGAGGGAGAGUCAGGGGAGAGAUGAUGCCGAGGGGAUGGUAGGAUGGAGGGAAAGGAGUUCUGGAGGAGUUUUGGUUGGGGGAGAAAAUGAGAAGAGUCAGAGAGAGAGAAAAAGGAAGCCUAAAUUAUAGAGAACCAAUGUAAAUAUGUGGAGGAAAGACAAACACAUAAUGUUAAGGAAGAUGGGAAGAUAGCAUUCAGGGAAAAAUGGGGACAAAAUAGAUUUGUUCACAAGUUUUCUUUUUCCUAGUAAUCUGGCUUCUUUUAAAGGGAGGAGGAAAAUCAAAAGAGAGGGCGUUUAAAAGGAAACCUGUCUACUUACCUGUCUUUGGUCCAAGCAUUAUUGUUUUGGUUUUAAGAUGUCUGAAGCAGAGUUUUGUUUCGUCUCUAGCCGCGAUAGCUGCUCUUUGACACUGCCAGCAUCAUGCUAACACGCUACAAUGACAAUGCUAACAUGCUGAUAAAGCACAAUGUUUACCAUGUUAGACAUCUUAGUUUAGCGUGUUAGCAUGCUAACAUUUGCUAAUUAGCGCUAACCAGAAAGUACAACAGAUGGAAUGAUGGGAAUGUGAGUACCUUUGUAGGCAUUUGGUCAAAACCCAAAGAAUUGGACAAAUUGAUAUUUUGACCUAAUGAUGGUGCUAAAUGAAAUUUAUCACAUGAACCCCUCCAAUAGUUGUUCAGAUAUUUGCUGCUGACCUUCACAUGCUUCAGAUAUCUCUAAAACCAAUAAAAUAAUGCUCUCUGAACAACAGUUCCUGAUGAAUCAUCCAGACAACAUGAACUGUCCCUUUAAAAACAUGUUACAUAACAGACAGGACAGCUGUCAGUAGAUGAGUGGAAGUUCAGCUCAGGCCACUCGUCUGGAUAUUC